CAUUAUUGGUCCGUGUCUGCCCCCGCCCCGCAGCUGUACCCGCUUCUGCUCCAGGCCUGGACAGUUUGCUGAGGAGCUGCUCUCAUGGAGACCCUGCUUAAGCGGGAGCUGGGCUGCAGCUCAGUCAAAGCUACGGGUCACUCGGGAGGCGGGUGCAUUAGCCAGGGCCAGAGUUAUGACACGGACAAAGGACGAGUGUUUGUGAAAGUGAACUCCAAGGCAGAGGCUAAAAGAAUGUUUGAUGGCGAGAUGGCAAGCUUAACUGCCAUUUUGAAGACAGGCACAGUCAAAGUACCCAAGCCCAUCAAGGUUCUUGAUGCCCCAGGAGGUGGGAGCAUGCUAGUGAUGGAGCAUUUGGACAUGCGGUAUCUGAGCAGUCAUGCCGCUAAGCUUGGGACCCAGCUUGCAGAUCUACACCUUGAGAACAAGAGGCUUGGAGAGAGGCUGAUUAAGGAGGCUGGCACUGUGGGGAAAGGAGGUGGACAGGCAGAGCGGCAGUAUGUGGACCAGUUUGGGUUUGAUGUAGUGACAUGCUGUGGAUACCUCCCCCAGGUAAAUGACUGGCAGAAGGAUUGGGUCACGUUCUAUGCCAGGCAGCGCAUUCAGCCCCAGAUGGACAUGGUAGAGAAGAAGUCUGGGGACCGGGAAGCUCUUGAGCUGUGGUCUGCUCUGCAGUUAAAGAUUCCUGACCUGUUCCGUGAUCUGGAAAUUGUGCCCGCCUUACUUCAUGGAGACCUCUGGGGAGGCAAUGUAGCAGAGGAUUCCUCUGGGCCCAUCAUCUUUGAUCCAGCCUCCUUCUAUGGCCACUCAGAGUAUGAGCUGGCAAUCGCUGGCAUGUUUGGCGGCUUCAAUGGCUCCUUUUACUCUGCAUACCAUAGCAAAAUCCCUAAAGCCCCAGGAUUUGAGAAGCGCCUGCAGUUGUAUCAGCUCUUUCACUAUCUGAACCACUGGAAUCAUUUUGGAUCUGGGUACAGAGGAUCCUCUCUAAACAUAAUGAGGAAUCUCAGCAAAUGAACUGUCUUCCCACCAGAGGGAAGAGUGUCUUAUGGGUGUGCUGGGUCUUCUAGUAAGAUGAUGUACAUCUAGAUCAAGUCUUACCAUCAUAAGCAUCACUGUGAACUGAAGGGAGUACCUCGGGGUCAGGUGACCUGAUUCCAACUAUUUAUUUGGUCAAGGAGCUCAUGAUUCUCCACAGUCCCUUUCCUCAUGAAUUCUUCUCAUUUAUUCCAUGGCAGGACUUGCUUGAGAUCCCUUGUUUCUUUCUUUCCUUUUUUCCCUCCCUUUCCUCCCCUUAUAGGAAAGCUCCCCUUUCCUCUCAUAUAUUACGUACUGACUGCAGUUUUCCCUCCCUCUCUCCUCAGAAUCUCCUCUGCCUCCCCCCCUCCCGACCCCCAGGGACAUCAACCAAUCACAAGCUACAAUAAGACCAGGCGCAUAACAUCACAUCAAGGCUGGAUGAGGCAACCCAGUAGGAGGGAACAGGUCACACAGUAGGCAAAAAAGUCAGGGACACCCUCCAUUCUCAUUGUUAGGAUUCCCACAUGAACACCAGGCUACUCAGCUAUAACAUAUAUGCAGAGGACCUAGGUCAGACCCUUACAGGCUCCUGAUCACUGCAAGCCCCGAGUGCCAAUCAGUUGAUUCUGUGCACUGUAAACUUUGUGAAGUAUGAGUUCUCUCAGAGGAAAGGUUAUGUAAUUCUGUUGUGUACAUUGUAAGACUGCCUAGCCUCACUGGUGAUAUGAACAGGCUUACUGAAGUUUGGGUAUAGUGAGCCACACUCCACUGCCAAGGUAGAACUGAGUGACUGUCGUGUGGUAAAGGACAUUCACCAUGCCCACCUCCCAUCUCUUCACUGCACAUUAUCAACAUUUCCGAGCUAUUCACAGUGAUGCUUUGAGAUGGUUAGACUUGAUCUAGACAUGGAGAAGAUUUGAAUAAUGACCAAUUCUAAAAUCAGUGACGUUCCAUUUGCUUAUGUAGCACUUCUGGACCCUGC